CUGAACGCUAGGCGAGCCGUCCUCCCUUGGCUCGCAUUUCCUUCACCUUUUGCUUGGUCCUCGCUUCUCUGCUGCACAGGAAUCAGUACAGUACUACUAUUUUCUCCGGUCGACCCUUGUGCAACUGUGCUACGCCUGAUGCUGGGGUAGCAUCAGCCGUUCCCCAGUGAAUUGAGCAGCAGCAGAAAUGCAACUAGCUAAGGACCGACCGUUCCCUUCAACUCGUCACUAGCGACGGAUGGUAGUUCGACACGCCCUGACGUCGCCGUGUGUAGUAACGCUGGGUGAUUUUUUUCAAUUAAUUAAUUUAUUUAUUUUUCAUUUGGUAAUAUUUUAACGAUCAGCGGCGCAAGAACUAGAAGGGGCAGAAACGAAGUCGCUCUAGCGAAGAGAGUUGCAGCCGGUAACCAGGUAGCGAGCGCCGCAGUAGGAUGCGACAUCAUCGCGUAGCGGGUUUCGCGAAGGCAACGAGUAACGAGUAACGCCAGUUUGACUCGCAACUGCAGUUGGCAGGCCCUCGCGAUGAUGGCACGAGUGUCGCGAGUGUCGCGAGUGUCGCGAGGGACGCCGCCGCUCUUAUUCCUGGUCGCGGUGGUGGCGGCGCUGCUGCUAGCGGGCGGCGGGAUUCGCGGCGGCGAGUGCAUGACGCGGCCCAUGCGGCUCAUCACUCUGCCGAAGAACGCGCUUGGCGCUAGAUGCCUCGACGGCAGCGACCCCUCUUACUUCUUCCGCCCCGGCGCCGCAGCCACUCCCCCGCCCGUCAAGCGAAGCGUCCCCCGGGCGACCGCCGCUCCAGUGGCAGGCAGCGGCCAGUCCGUCAAUCAGCGGUGGUUCACAAGCAGAAGCAGCGGGAUCGUGGGGAGGAGGGACACGUGGCAGCCAAUGCAGACGCCGAGAGGUGACCCCGCGAUUCGAAUUCACAUCCACUUGCCGGCGGGCGGGUGGUGCUUCACGGCUCUCGAGUGCCUCAACCGCUCGACCACGUUCCUCGGAUCCAGUACAGGCUGGCCCGAUACCAUCCCAGACUCCGUGCCCAUGGGCGGUAUUCUCAGCGACGACCCCGACGUGAACCCGCUCUUCGCGGACUGGCCUCUCGCCCGCGUCAACUACUGCGACGGGGGCGGCUUCGCGGGGCAGCGGGGGCGUUUCAACGUCACCAUCCCCAUUGGCGCUGCUGCGGGGAAGCAGCCCGGGAGGCGGUUAGGGAGGCGGCUGGGGAGCUCGGUGGGGAGGUCGGCGGGGAGAGAGAUGGGGCGCUCGGCUGGAAGACAGAUGGGGAGUUGGGAGGGGAGAGAGGGGAGGGAAGGGAGAGAAGGGGCCAUGCGAGCUAGGGUGCUGGCUGGGAUGAAACCAGGGCCGGGGGGAGGGCAGGCGGGGGGAGGGGGAGGGCAGGUGGGGAGUGGGAAGCAGCGGAUAGCGCCUGUGUAUAUGGACGGAUGGAACAUCGUCCGCACGAUUAUGGAUGACCUGAAGACCAAUCUGGGCUUUAAGCUGGCAUCGCAGGUGCUUGUAUCCGGCAGCUCAGCGGGGGGGCAGGCAGUCAUCUACCUCUGUGACCGCGUGGCCGCUGCCUUCCCCUCCGCCACCACCAAAUGCGUCGCCGAUUCGGGCUACUUUGUCAACUCCAUAGACCGCAAUGGGACGCGCCUGUGGGAGAAGCUCGCCAAGAGCAUUUCAGGCACGCAGCAGCUCAGCAACCCCGCCUGCCGGAAACGGCUGCCCCCCUCACGGCACUGGGCAUGUUUUUUCCCCGAGCAAGCCCUAAUGGCUCUUAAAACCCCCAUCUUCGUCAUCCAAUCACUCUUCGACGUCGUCGCAUCGGCCAUUGGGGGGCAGACGAGAACCACUCCGGACCACAACUUCUACAACUUCACUGCCACUCAACUGUGCGUUAACGAGCUCUUGAAUAUUCCGAUGCCGAUAACGAUUUUCGUCAAGUCGGGCAAGUGGCGGAACGUUCGAUAUAAGUCGAAUUAUUGCAAGAUCGGGGAACGAGCAGCGAUGUAUAAUAUGGCGCAGUUAGUUUAUAGGGGGCUGGAGAAUGCAAGCAAGGAGCGGACGACAAGGGCUAUUUUCCUCAUAUCGAACGGUAUGCAUGGGGUGGCUCUAAUGGAUGACAGGUGGGUUGGGACAAAGGUGAAAGGAGUAAGUGCUAGAGAUGCGCUAGCAAGGUGGUACAAUAGUAAACUUAACAACACAUUUUUCAUGCAUGAAUAAAUCGUGAAAACUCGUGUCUUGUUUUUUUGACAUCACGACCAUACCUUUCUUCGUUGGUCUGGUAAUCGGUG